AGUUUUAAAUUAAUAUCACGCAAUACAGCAUUCGGACUGCACGGUAUAGGAUAAGGAAGAACAGUAAAUAAUAUUAAAUCGAAAGUUAGAGGAAACUUUAAAGUGAAACAAAAAUAUUCGAGUCGACAGAAAACGUGCCAAUUAUUACAGUGGUUAUGAUCUUGGAAGAUGUUGGAAGGACUAGUUGCUUGGGUUUUGAACACUUACAUCGGAGAAUAUCUGGAGAAUUUGAACACUGACCAGUUGUCCAUUGGUCUCUUGCAAGGUGAAGUGGAGCUUGAAAAUCUUCCAUUCAAAAAGGAUGCUUUAAAAAACCUAAAUUUACCCAUUGAGAUACGUGCUGGUUUUGUCGGGAAAAUAAAACUGCAGAUUCCUGUCCGAAGAUUGAGAAGUGAGCCAUGGGUUAUUAGUUUUGAGAAGCUUUUCUUAGUUGCAGGACCAGUGUCUUGCACAGAGUAUGAUGAAGAAAAGGAAGAGCAAAUUGUUCAACAGAGGAAGCUGUCUCAGCUAGAUGCUUUGGAAGCUAAGUGGAAGGCAGACCAGGAAUCAAAGCAGAAGCAAUCAUAUUAUGCCUCAUCUUACAGCUCCUGGUUAACGUAUGGAACAUCACUAGUAACCAAUAUUAUUGAAAAUCUCCAAUUAAAGAUCAAAGAUGUUCACGUACGUUACGAAGAUGACCAAACAAACCCAGAGUCACCAUUUGCAUGUGGAUUCAUUAUACAUAACUUAUCGGCACAAAGCACAGAUGAAAACUGGACUGCAAAGUUUGUUUCCAGUAGCAGCACAGAUACAAUGAGGAAACUGUUACAGCUAGAUGAUCUGUCCUUCUACUGGGACCCUAGUGCUAUGAUGAUUGGUCAUCAAAACUUUUCUGAUCUUAUCGAAAACAUGUCGACCCAUAUGGACCAUUGUAAAACCUAUACUGGAUCUAUAAAACCUCAUGAUUUCAUCUUAGCACCUGUAAGUGCUAAAGCUCAGCUUCUGAGAAACUGCUCUCCAAAACCUCUUAGAUCAAAAUCCACUCCUCGUCUAGUGUGUGACCUUCAGCUGGGGAAGAUCCCUCUUUCUCUUACGGAGGUGCAAUACAAACAGAUGGUUGAUUGGACCAGAGAACUUGACUACUUGGAUACAACAUGGAAGUACAGAAAGUGGAGACCAAAAGUUUCUGUGAAAGAAAACACUAAAGCAUGGUGGGAUUAUGCAAUAGAUGCUCAUAUGGAGUCUCAAAGACAGAAAAACCAAAGAAGUACUUGGGAUUUUGUGCUAAAAAGAGCAAGAAUGAAUGUUGAAUAUUUUAAAAUUUACCACAUUCAUCUGACACAGCCAAGUAGUUUAACAACAGCAAUGAAGAAUCAGAUGGAUAACAUUGAACAGGAUUUGAACUUUGAAGAAUUGUGUACACUGAGAGAACUUGUUUUUAAAAACGUUACUGCUGAAGAAAAGACUAAAAAGAAAGAAGAAGUUUCACACUCCCGAGGGCAAGGUAUAUUGCAAGGAUGGUUUCCUACGUGGACUGGGUGGUACUCAGAUUCUAAAAUAUCUGGAAACACGGGUAGUGUUGAAGAAGAAUAUGAUGAUACAUUAUCUGGCAGUUCUAAGUCGACAAUAUCUUCUACAUCUUCCCCAACUGAAGCAGAAAUCUUGAAAAACAAAAUAGAGGAAGAAAUCUUGGAUGCCCUCGACAGUGUGGAAAAUGACACUUUAUUGAAACGAGACACGGUUUUUGCCAAAUUGAACUUCUGUCUGCAUUAUGGAACAUUAACAUUAUUUGGCAGUAACACGUCUCACUCAACUGUUUCAUCUCCUCAGAGUCCAACACAGGAUUAUGAAGUUAACAAACCUCUUAUGGAACUUGAAUUUUCGGAUGUGAAGACCUGUAUUGAAACAAGACCACGUACAGGCUCUUUGCUGUUUGAGCUAAAACUGGGAGCUUUGUAUCUUCAUGACAAAGUCACAACAAAUAGCAUAUUCCCAUGUGUGGUUAUGCCACAGAAUAAGGAAGUUAGCUUCUCGUUUCCCAAGGCUGCUUCAUCUUUGGGAGUAUCUGUGAUGACAAAACCGUCUUACGUACGUCUUUCAGGUUUUUCUUCAGCUACAAAUCUAAAACAAACUGUUUCAACAAUAGAACCACUGUUUCAGUUAGUGUAUGAAAAGAAGCCAUUUGGAUCUUCAGCAGAUCACAGGCUAUUGAUAAUGUCUCAGUCGUUCGAGCUCACUUAUAAUCCUGAAGCCCUCAAUACAGUAGUGGACUUCUUCUCACUGUCACACCAUAAGCAGAACUUGAAAAGUCAAUCGGAAGGUCUCAGACUGACUGCAGUAGCCAGGAGUCAGUAUGAACUGUUGAAAAAACAAACUAAAGCUGAACUUAGGCACCGAUUGGAUCAGAUAUUUGAGGGAGAACAGAGAGUUCUGGAGGCAACAAGAUGGGAUAUUCAGCUUGACAUUUCAGCUCCACAAGUGGUGAUUCCAGAAAACUUGUUUGAUCAUAAUGCUGUCUUGGUUGUGGUUGAUUUAGGAAGACUUCAUUUUGUGAAUGCAUCCUCAAAGUUUAAGAAGAAACAGAAAGAAAAAGAAAUUGAAGAGUCUGACGACGAAGACUUCCAGACGCCAUGCUCAACUCCACCAGAAAAUGGAGUAGAAGAAACAGAGAAACCACUUACAUUCACAUUGGAACCAUUCACAUUGGAACAUCAAACAGUGGGUAACUCACUUUAUGGUUCUCAAGCAGAAGUGUCUUUGCUGGAUUAUAUGUAUGAAAAAUAUACAUUAGAGCUGAGCGACAUGCAAGUCCUGGUGGGUCGAGUGAAGGAUAAUAGGAAGUUUGCACAACUGAAAGGGACUAGUGCGAUGCACGUGGUCGACAGGUUUUCCAUUUCUCUUCAGACUGAAAGGAGGUUAUUCUUCACUACAGAUCCACAUUUUCCAGCAGUGACAUUAUCUGGUACUCUUCCUAAGCUGACCUUUCACAUCAAUGAACAAAAGGUACUCUUGAUAACUACUUCUUUGAAAAGUAACAAUGAUCAAGUAAAAGAACUUGGAGAAGACUCUUCUCUGCUAGCCAUGCAGUUCUGUGUAGAACAAUUAUCACUUGAAGUGCAAAGCAGAGGUAGAAGUAUAGCAGAGCUCCAGGUCACAGGGGUCAAAGCUACGUUUUCUAAACGUCCAUACGAAACGUCAGUGACGCUGUGUGUACAUAGUCUCUUACUAAUUGAUGCUCUUCAGACUUAUGGUCCUGAUUUUGAGUUGCUGGUAGCAUCACAUAGACAUGUGAGUAUGGAUAGCAUGAGUGGCAGUCUCAGAGACAGUGAACCUAACUCUCCAACUUCUCCAGCUAGUCCAGAAGCUGCAUAUUCUCCACUUUUGGGACGAUCACCUCCUACUGUGCUGAAUGCUGCUUUAAAGACCUUGCACACAACUUCAGAAAAAGCACGUAAGAUUUCUGCAUCGCCUUUCAGCUCAUCACCUUACUCAAACAAAUAUGAAGAUUUUAUUGAGCCAACAAGUAGAGAUGCCUUGAUCGUCAUGGAGUUCACAGUCACCCAUAAACCAUCUCUGGUUGACAUAGAAAGAGGUGGAGAAACUUUACAGAUUGCCAGCUUACAGUUUAACACACUUGAUAUUACAGCUAAUCAGGAAACUAUAGUGGAAUUAGUGGGGUUUCUUCGCAGAAUCAGUUCUAUUGCCUCAGAAAAAACACCUUCAUUACAUAAAUCAGCAACAGUUACUCCACUUGGCAGCGAAGGAAGCCCAGGGGGUUCCUUAUCGUCACUAGGACACGAUGGUGUGAACAAACAGCAAACAGAUGUAACAGUUCCUUUUGUCAGGACUGAACUGACCUUUGAUUUUCAUCGUCUGAAUGUGCUUUUGUUACGUGCCGUGAGCAAGAAGCAUAAUACUGUUGGGCAGAAGGUUGCUACAGCAACAAUGAGUGGUGCUCAUAUUCAUGCAUCAAUGGGGGAUGGUAUUAGAAUAAGUGGUGACCUGGGUGGAUUACAGGUUUUAGACUUGGCAACAGAAAACACAAAACACCAGAGAAUCAUUAGUGUUGGUUAUGAUCCACUGUCAGAGGUUCAGUUAGAUCUUCUGACUCGUUUGCAGGCUGAUUUGUAUAAACCACUCUCCAAUAUUACAGCUGAAGCUGAACCUCAGAAAGCUUUGACUUUUGUGGUAACUCGUAGCUCUCACGACUGUGCUAGUUCAUCUCCAGUUUUAGAAGCAGAAGGAGGAAGCAUUUUGAAAGAAGACGAGACAGAGACUUUGGAAGUAACGCUGCGAAUGGCCUCGGUUUGCUACACUCAUUCCCCAAGACUUAUUUACGAGCUUGCAUCGUGUGCUGUGGAGUUCAGGGAAUACAUGGUAGCUCUUGCAAGUUCUAUCAAAACAGCGGCUACAGGAGUUGCCAUUGGUAUUGUGACAAGACGUGCCAACAGUCUCUCUGCUUCAUUUCAUGGAGGAAGUGCUGAAUUACUGACAACUCGGAAGCGUCAUGGCAGUGCUUCGGCAGAGGAUGUUACCGAAGAAGUUCCUUGUUAUAUUGGGGAUGAUACAGAAGAAAUAUUAAAUUUAGAGAUCAAACUGGAUGUUUUAUUGCAAACCCCUGUUAUCAUAUUACCAAGUGCACCUGCUAGUGCAGAUGUUCUGGUAGCACAUCUUGGGCAAAUUCGAAUACAAAACCUAAAUUCUGCCUCAUUAGAGUCUCCACAAUUCACCCUUAACAGCUGUGAUUCUUUCAAGUCGGAUUCGUUUUUUGUGGAGAUCCGACAAAUGAACCUUUAUUCUCUAAACAUUGAAAGAAAUAUCAGAACUACUUCAACGGGGAUAAAUAGCUUCUGUAGUGGUCCUGAAGUUAGUUUAAUGCCAGUGCAACACCUUUAUUCUUGUGCUCAGAAUGGUUUUCCUAUUCUCCAUGACACCAUUAUAGAGUUCACAGUUGCAAAGCAAACUGCGCCAUCGGAGAUACAUUCUGAAGACACACAACAGAAUUUCAUAUUUGAUGAAGAGGGUAUGAUACACCAUGAUAUCUACAGCAGGAAAGACACAAUUAAACUAACUGGUCAAGUGGUCACCCCUUUGAAGGUUAUCCUUUCGAAACCUCAGUAUGAACAAGUGCUGAAAACCUUAGACAACUUGACCUUUGACGGUUACGACCAGUCAAGAGAUCUUUCAUCAGAACAUUCCUUGAAUACUGUAAUUGAAGAAAAGGAUGAAGAUGCGGGACUUUAUCCAAGUGUUUCAGCACUGAAAUUAGAUGAACAUUUUGAAAACCAGAGAAGACAUUCCAAAACAAAGUUACCACAAGAUGAAAUCCAGAGUCGAAACCUAACUUCAGUUUGUGCCUAUUUCACAGUUCCAGAGUUUGUAGUAGGGUUACAAGGGGAUCUUGAAGAACAAAGUAUAGUGAAUCUUAUUUUCAAAGAGUUCACUCUGAACUAUGAGAAGGAAGAUCCAUAUGAAACACUGAUACAGGUGUCUCUUCAUUCUCUGUUAAUGGAAGAUUGUCUUGUACCUUCACAUUCCAAGCAUCGCUUUAUAAUGGUAUCAUCGAGUAAGGAGUCAGCAUCCAGCCAUUCCUCAACACCUACCAAAUCCCUUUUCUUGUCUACUUCUUGUCCAGAUAUGACAGAUCAUUUGCCUUUAGUCAUGAGUCAUCCUUCCUUGCCAGAUCGGUUACACACCCAAAAUAUCUUUAAAGUACAUCACAGCAAGACAGCAUCAUUGCGAGGUGUUAAACUAUCUACAAAGAAAUCCUUGGACAGACUAAUAAAACCAUCGUGUCCAUCAACUCCUCCCCCAUCUCCUUCAGGUCAAAAAAGUCUACUACAACUCCCCAGUAGUUCUUCAGCUCAGGAUGCUUUAGUUCACAUUAAGGCAUUGCUUGUGGAUAAGAAAAGUCCAAAGUUUUGCACAAAAUAUAAUGCUACCAACAGAUUCAUCGAUGUUGACUUCAGCUGCUUGGAAACCGUAGUAAAUCUGAAGACAUGGGUCAUGGUGCUUGACUUUUUUGGUAUUGGCUCUCAAGUACCUGAAGUUGCAGAUCCUGUUCCUCAACGUAGCCAAUGUAUAUCUCGACAGAGCAGCUUGGCAGAGGAAGUAAGAAAGCAAGAGGUUGAAACCCAGAUGGAGGUCAUCAACUCCGAAAUUAAACUAAACAUUCACAGCUUAACCUUGGUUCUGAACAAGGAGUAUGAGCUAGCCAAAGCUAAUGUGUCUCAUUUCACCUCCCACAUAACCCUCAGAGACAGGAACUUUGCUGUGCAAGGUAAAUUAGGGAGCAUGUCGUUACUUGACCUCACUCCUUACGGACAACUAUACAGAGAGCGGUUUAUGACUUCUGGUAAUGAAGCUCUUCAUUUUGAUAUAUUCAAAUAUGGGACUCCAGAUCCACAGCUAGAUAGACAGUAUGACAUUAGAGUCAAGUGUCAAAUGGCAUCUGUUCGAUAUGUCCACACACAUCGUUUUUAUAUGGAAACAGUAGCCUUCUUUCAGCAGUUUAAUCAGCUUCAGGACUUGAUGAUGAGAAUACGGGCUGCAGCCACCGGAGCAAUGGUGAACACUGAUGUUAUCCGUGGAUCCCGUAUCCUUGUGGAUAUACAAGCAGCUUCUCCUGUGAUUGUUGUACCUCACAGCCAUUUCUCACGGGAAGUGUUGGUUGGUAACCUGGGACAGUUAACUGUGUCUAACAGCUUCCUGUUCACUGGAAGUUCUGGAACCAUUAGCAUCCAGCAAAAAUCUCCUUCUCCUGAAGUCAAAAGUUCCAUUUCUUCUGACCCGAUGACUACGAGCGUGUAUGGAAGUCUUGACAAUGCUAGCGAAGAGAAAAUAUCUAUACAACAUUCUGUUGCUACAUCAAUUUCUGAAAACCAUUUGUGCUUGCUUGAUGUGAUGAAUGUGGAACUGUCCGACAUGUUUCUCUAUUCUGCUGUCCACACUAGUAGAGAUGCUCCAUAUCCAGGUUAUGAACACAAAGCAUCUCCAGGAGAGGUUGUAGAUAAUGACCAGUUUUGUAUAGCAGACCUUCAUUUUCCUUCCUAUUUGAUUUGUCAUCAGGGUGGUCGACUACUUAAAGAAAAAUUCAUGCUCAAGCUUCAGGUGGAGAGGAAUCUUGAUGGUGCUAUCUGUCACAGUGUUCCGGACAUAACAGUUGUGGGAAGUUUCUCGUCGGUGCACUUUACUGUUGACCUUACCCAGUACAAACUGAUUCGUGGAAUUUUAGAUCAUAACUUGGGAGAACCUCUCGAACAGUUCCUAACAACAAUAGAAAAAUUAGAAGAACCAGGAAUCCAGACAACAUCUGGACAGACCUGGACUUCCAUAGCCUUUCACAUGGAUUUAAUGAAUGUAAUAGUUGAGCUAGUACAACGAAAUUCACACCCUAAAUGUGCAAACUCUGAAUCACGGUUAGCAAAGUUCAACUUUAUCAAGUCUCGCUUGUCUUUCGAGGGAUAUUCCGAUCAAAGCAAAGAUGUUGACCUCGUAUCUCAUGAAAUCAGAGUUUCAGAUACUAGAUAUCAAGAUGCUCCAGCAAAUACACGACCCAACUUGUUCACAAACAUUUUACAACCUAGCAAACACAAGUCAGAAGUUUCUCCUCUUCAAGUGGAAGUCCAUUAUCGAUCCACGCACGACUUUGCUCGUUUCACUAUUUUGUUAAACAACAUGAGAGUUAUGGGAAUUGUUGAUUGGUUGAAAAAUGUACUGGAGUUUCUCUCAACCUCGGCAGACAAACCGGUGACACUAGAGAAAAGCAAGGCCUCUCUUGCUCAUCCAAGCCUUAGUGAAAGCAUCAGGCAAUCAUCAGUUUUUACAAGGUCUUCUCAAGAGAAAGAUGAAGUUCCUUUUGAACUCAGUCUAAACGUUACAGACACAGAACUAGUGGUUAUUGAAGACUCAGCUACGUGGGACACAAGUGCUGUUAUUCUUAAGUCCACUGCUGUUAUUGCCUUUAAACCCUGCUCCUUAGAUAAGCCACUCUCCUGCAUUCUUCAAAACUUGGAAGUAUUUUCUUGUAUUCUUGGUCUGGAGGAAGACACGGCUCUCUCGAUUAUCGAUCCUGUAACAGUGAAUGUGGACGUGGUUCAGAAAUUAUCAUCACCGUCAUAUAGAAGAGUAUCAUCUGAGCUGGACAACACUGGUCAUACCCUAGAGGUGUCAGUUAACAAUUUGAACCUGAGGCUCUCGUACUAUGACAUGCAAAUGUUUCUACAGAUGUUUGAAUCAAUCCAACAACAGACUGGUAUUAACACGGCAGAAGUAUCAAAUAAGAAUCAUUUUCCAACUUUUCCAGAAUCAACUAUCAGAUCACUUCAGGAUACUGGCUUUUCACAGGCUGAUUGUAUAAAAGCACUAGAAAUGUCUGAUGGACAGCUGAACGAUGCUGCCUUAUGGCUGUUAUCAAAUGCUUCUCCUUUAUCACCUACUGAAGCCAUACCACUCAAGUCAAAUAGAGACAAGAGAAUGAACAUUGAAAUGAUGGAACUUAGACUUGGAUGUGGAUGUUUAUGUAUUAUUGAUGACUGUAAAGACUCUGAUGUCCCUCUUUUGGAACUGACUGUUAAAGAUCUGAGAGUUCAGCAGAAGCAAGCUCCAAACGAGGGGAUCUCGACUUUCCAAAUUUCCGUAGCAUAUUACAACAGAGCCUUGUCAGGGUGGGAGCCCGUUGUUGAACCAUGGAGGUGUAAAACAAAAUGGUCAGCAGGCCCCAAUUUAUAUGGCAGUAAGAAAUUCUCUAUGAAAGUGGAUGCUGAAGAUGUUCUGAAUAUUUGCAUAACCAGAAGCUUGUUGGAUCUGUAUAGCAUGGUGAAGAAAACAUGGAGUGAAGAGUACUACAAAGACUUUGAGAAAAAUAGUGAGCCAGCAAAGAAAGGAAUUUCUAGUCGUGCUUAUAGACGGAGAUCACCGUUUGUUCCAUUCGCUUUACAAAACGACACUGAUUGCAAGUUAAAGUUUGCAACUGUGAUCUCAUCGUUAGAAAGGAAUACAAAGGAGCCACAUUACAUGAAUUUCCACCAAGUUGCUGAUUCUGGUCUAUCCUGGAUAGAUGCCUAUCCUGGCCAGAUUAUUCCUUUUAGUUUUGAAGAACGUGAUAAAAUGAGACACAGGGACUCUCAUCAAUUAAAGAUUCAUCAGCUCAUAGUAAAGAUUGAUGGCCUUCGACAAGUGGCACCUGUGUCCGUUGACCGAGUAGGGGUUUACUUUCGAGAAACAAAACCAGAAGCCAGUCGAUUGACAGUUGUGAGAGAUGAACCCCCAGUCAGAGUAGUGUUUGCUGUGAAGUUGGAGGGCAGUGCUCGUAAGUUAGUGACUGUACGGUCAGCACUGCAGAUUAGCAACCUGUUGAAGGAAGCUGUAGAAAUCAAAUUAGAAAAUACUACGUUAAAGUCAGUGUCUGCACACACUCUCUUCCUUCUUCCCCAUACAAAUCUUUUCAUGCCUCUCCAUUUUGUCCAUGCCAACAUUUGGGUUAGACCUGCCGAUCGUCAGGUAACUACGUGUGACAGUCCUAUCAGAUGGCAACACGUAAGCAGACCCAGGGAAAUAAAUGGAACAGUCAAGUCAUGUUCUCCGUUGUAUGGGUCAAAAGAACGAUACAGGUUUAGUGUUAUUGUGAAGCGGGAAAACUUUCCUGCAGAAAGAACUUCUGAACCCGGUAUGAGGGGAUCAACGUCGUCAAGUUCCUUGACCAGAUCAACUACACCACCAAGAAGACUACUCGUUAAGCCUGGCCACAAGAUUUUCUUUAUUCCUUCACUGGUUGUAGUUAACCUUUUACCCUAUGACCUUCAUUACUGUGUCAGAGAUGCAGAUAUAAAGGGGUGCAUCAAGCCUGGAAAAAGUACCGACUUACAUUCUGUGAAUAUAUCUGAAACUGUCAUAAUUGGAUUCUAUCUGGAAAACUUUCGGCGAUGCACAGAUCUAACAAUUCAUUCUGGUACGAAAGAAUUUCUGGCGCAGGUGGAAGUUUGUGACUGUCUGAGUCGAUUGUUGGCUCUCCAAGUUCGUGUGGUGCCCAUUCACAACUGUGCUUUAAGAAUCCAUGUUUCUACCCCCUAUUGGCUGGUAAACAAGACUGGAUUGCCCCUUGUGUUUAAGCAGGACGAAGCUCAGCAGGAAGCUGCUGGACAGUUUGAAGAGCAUGAACUUGCUAGAAGCAUGUCUCCACUAUUGUUCUCAUUUUCUGAUACAGAAGCUCCUGUCAUGUGUAGUAUGAGAGUCGGCAAAUCCCUUCAUCCAAACGGUUACUCUCAUUGGUGUAAAAGGUUUCACCUUAACCAAUUAUUAAGGUUCAAAAGUUUUAUGAAGAGUGUUUUACUGAAACUACCAAAUGCAGUACCAAACAGAAAUAUGGACAAUUUUGGAAUUUUUGUCUUUUGCUCAAUUUUUCAGCAAGGAAAAGCACAAUUUGGGGGUUUCAUGAACUAUACAUGUAGGUUUUCCAAUUACACAUUGUCUGCCAUGCCCAAAUCAAGUCUUCCAUUUCACUGGCCUCGACUCGACUUGGACUCGUUGCUGUGUGUUAGAUUAUCAAACAUCCCAGAUUGUUAUUGGUCAGGUGGAUUUCGUAUUGACGACAUUCAAUCAUUCCACGUGCAUAUGAGAGAAAAUCAAGGAAAAUCACAUUUUCUACGUGUUGAGGUAAUUCUCCAGAAUGCCACAUAUUUUAUUGUGUUUACUGAUGCAGACAAGAUGCCUCCACCGAUCCGUAUAGACAACUAUUCCGAAGUCCCUAUUGUUUAUUACCAGACACACAUCAGGGAAGAACGGCUGAAAACAAUAAUACGGCCUCACACCACAGUUCCUUAUGCUUGGGAUGAACCAACAUUUUCUCCUUACAUUACUUGUUGUGCCCCCGGUGAUUGUAGUGCAUCGUACAAUAUGGACAGCUUUGGUGAAGGCAGUAAACUCUAUUAUGAAAACUUUAUUUAUGUUGCUUUCACUGGAACAUUUCUCAGGGCUGAUGGGAUAAAUGAUUCGAUGCUGUUCUCCUCCAGUGAUCUCACAGGGCAAGAGUUAGUACUGGAUGUUCCUUUUGGGACACGGGUUAUUCUUAGUCGAAAAGAGCAAGGAAAAAGAUCUCAAUUGUGGCGCAUGACAUCAACAGAAAUGCUUCAACAUGAAGGUUCAAGUCCACCACGUGACCCCCAUCGAUCAACUUCUGUGGAUAACGAGAGAGUCCUUGUGUUGGACAUUGCUGGAUUGGGCCCUCUACCUGGAGAGUUUGUCCCGCUUAUGUUACGUAAACCAGACAAACGACGACGCUUGACUCAGACUUGGAGGUUUACUGAAAAUGGACGACUGUGUUGUGGACUUUCAAAUUUGUUUGUACAAGCAAAGGAUGGUUUCAUGGGGUUAAAAAUAGGGAAUGAAGUUGUUAUUGGACCUACCCAACCUGUUACCUUUAAGACUAUGCAAAAUGGUGUACCUGUUGAACAGGCUUUGAGCCGACAGAAACUUCGAGGUGGAUCAGGUGUGCUGGCCGUAAAGGUCGUGGCGGAUGGACCAACACGUGUUCUACAAAUAACUGACAUCAGACAAAAGCAACUAGUAUCCUUAACUUCAUCGACCUCAGAUUGGGUUGUAUUAGAAGAAAGAGAGAGGCCCCGGCUUUCGUCACAAGAGGCCUCUAAAGCCCCAGAAAGCAGCAAUGACACCUCAAGAUCGACACAUGAUCUUCAACUUUGUUUUCACCUCUCAAGUGGUCUUGGAGUAUCUGUAAUCAACCACUUGAGUGAAGAGUUGGUGUAUUUAUUGCUCAAUAACAUCAUGGUAGAGUUUGUCCAGAAUGCCAGUGGUCAGACCUUAGACUGUAGUGUUCAAAACCUCCAAGCAGACAAUCAGCUCUUGAAUGCAGAACAACCAGUUAUGCUUUACGUCACUCCUCAGGAUAAAACGGAUCACCUACGUCACCUGCCGGCAGUGUACAUCACCAUUCAACGAUCCUCCAUGCCGGAUAUUAAUGUUCAGAUCUUUAAGCAUUUGCUUGUAACUAUAAAAAACUUAACACUCAACCUAGAGGAGCUACUCUUACUGAAACUGCUUCAAUGUUUUGGUUUCGACCAGUCAGACAUCGAACUGGAGAAGAUGGAUGAAAACGAUAGUCAGGCCCAAAGGGCCCUAGCUGCUGCUGCUUCUGCUCAUGCUCAACGUUAUUACUUCAGCACUCUGAAACUCCACAUGCAGCAGCUACGAUUAAGUGUUUUGACAAGUGGACAGUUGCCACCUGAACUUCGCCAGCUGAAACACAAAGUUGGAUGGCAUUUGAUUCGUUUCGAAGAUGCUAUAGUAGAACUAGAUCCAUUUCUCCGUGUUCACCCAUUUGAAACUCUCCAGUUCUUGUUGGAUGAUAUUUAUGAGCACUAUAGAGAGGAACUUAAAAGCCAGGCAAUUAAAAUUCUUGGGGCAAUAGACUUCUUGGGUAACCCUCUAGGCCUUGCAAAUGAUGUUUCUCAUGGACUUGUAGAACUUGUGAAAGAAGGAAACUUCGGUGGACUUUUCAAAAAUGUUACCCAUGGCUUGUCCAACUCUGCUGCUAAGGUAACAGGCUCUCUGUCAGAUGGCCUUGGAGUUGUUUCGAUGGAUAAACAUCAUCAGGAGAUGAGGAAACGGAUCCGUCAGGAUACUGCUAGUGCUGGGAGCGAUCACCUCGUAGCUGGACUGAAAGGGCUUGGGAUUGGCUUACUUGGCGGAGUCACUAGUAUUUUGUCACAGACGUAUGAAGGUGCAGCCUCUGAUGGGUUUCAGGGAUUUUUUGCAGGCCUAGGAAAAGGCCUUGUGGGAACAGUCACCAAGCCAACUGUUGGAGUUUUAGACUUUGCUUCCGGUGCAGCAAGUGCUUUGAGGGACACUAGUCGUAGAAGUUCCCACAUCCUUCCUACUAGGUGUCGUCUUUCCCGAUUAUGUGUUGGACCAGGAGGGCUAUUACCUGUGUAUUCUGAGCAUCAAGCCCUAGGUCAGGAGUUUCUCUUUCAGUUAAAUGAUCGGAACUUCAACGAAUUUUUUGUAGCAUACGAACAACUGCUGGCAGGAAGCGAGGACUUGCGAGCUCUCAUCUCCAGUGAACAAGUUUACAUUCUUAGUCGAAAAACCCCAUCAGUCAACAAAGUCAUCCUCACUGUCCCACUAGGGGAGCUGUACUACUGUUGUACUGUUAAAUCUACCACUGGAGUUCUGGGUCAAACCAAGAUUUACUUACAGUUUAAUAUGAACACUGAUGAAAUUUUACCUCUUUUGAAUACCACCAGUAAAGCUUCUAAAGGACCUCAAGUUCGUUGUGACUCGCAGGAGAUAGCAGAUCGGGUUUCUCAACAAGUUAAUUAUGCUAAAAGCCUAUUUGAAGACAGAAGGAAUACAGUUGUCAUAGGAGAUGAAAAACCCGAGGAGCUGGACCAAGCCUAGUCUUUAACCGUUCCUGGUUUUCUUAUAACUAAUUUUUUAAAAUUUAAAUGUUCAGGUGCUCAUUAAACCAGUUAGAGGUUCUCUACAAUAUUGGUAGUUUAUUAAUGAAAGUAAUUGGGUUUAUAAAUAAUAAUAAUAAUAAUAAUAAUACAAAUAGGCAACUGGUUGAUAAACUUCAAAAUUUAUUACAAAAGAACAAUUUGCUAUAAAUAGUAGGUUUAUCAGAACAAAUAUCUUAGAUACAGUAUUUAUCUGUGAUUUAGAAAUCGGGAGAAAUCCUCUAAAUACGUGUGUCAAUCUUCUCAAGGUAGUAGACAAACUUGUAUACUGUGUUGUAAAAUAUAUUCGGAAGAAAUAACAUUGUAAAAAGUCUGCUACAGCUGGUCAUAUUGUAUAAAUUUAGACAGUUUCACUUUCAUGCCAUAUUAAAGCCUAAUAGUUGCUUCACCAGUGACUUUGUAUGCUGUGAAAAGUUAAAGGAAGAGAGGCUGCUCUCUCUUUACUCCAGGCAGUGCAGCAAAUGAUAAACUAAGACAAUUGUGAUGAUGCCUUAAAUGAGUAAUCUAUUUCAUGCUGUAACAAUGUUGACUAAUAUCUUCCACCAUUAAGUUAAUUACUAUGUUACCCAUUCUUUUGACAGUGGCUUCAAAUUGAUUUAUAUAUAUUUGUUGUUCCUGUAGCCCUAACGUUAAUUUGAUAUCUACUAUUUUGAGCUCACAACUUACUAUGAUCACGUCAUAUCAAACUGGACAUUUGAAUUGAAUUGAUAUCUUGAAAACUUCGCAACAAAAGACCUGGAACAGUGAAUGUAUAGUUAUAGAAUAUUUUAGUUUUAAUAUAGUUUUUGAAAAACUAUCUUUAUCAUUCUUAGUUCUAAGAAAAGAUGUAAAAUGAUAUAAAAGUCAGUGUUUUCUUCCCACGUAGGAAGCUGUUAAAUACCUUUAAAUGUACUUAUUUUUGAAACCUGUCAUAGUCAGUUGUGUUCUAAGUGCUCAAAAAAUAUAUAAUAAUUACAUAUAUAUAUAUAUAUAUAUAUAUAUUCCUUUCACACGAGGAAAUUGUAAGUAGUAGGGAACCCUAAAAAUAUCUGUUCAUAUAAAUCUUAGUCUUCAGUAUCCCUGUAGCUUUCUUCACUUCAGCAGGCUUUGGUUUGUGCACAGUUUAUGCCUCAGUUAUUGUGGUUCUGUUUUCAGUUUUAAAAACUUUCAAUGAUAUGAGAAGCAACUUUUUAAGUUUGAAAAAAUUUAACUGACUUACAUAAACCCAGAUUGUCUUCAGGUUACUAUUUCACUGUAAAAAAAAGUUGUUUUACUGACAUAA